AUGCCAAAAGGCAUCAUAUGGGUGUCCAGUCGGCUCUCGCACCCGCCGGUCGACCAGGCACGCGAGGGGGUCCCUGCUUUGACGCCAGAGCGCUUCUGCGACUGGUACGAGAACACGCAUAUCCAGGAAGUUACGGCGCUGAAAGGUGUGCCGGCGGCGGUGCGGUGGGAAGCUGCGCACCCGCAGCCCUCUCCCUCCGCCUGGUCCGUCGCCGCCCCCUGGCUCACCAUCUACGAAAUGCCCGACAUCUCGUACCGCGACACCGCGGAAUUCAAGGGGCUGGAUGGCCAGAGCCCGCCCAAAGAUGCUCUCCUCCAUGAGAUCUUCGAACAGGCGCGCUUCGACACGCGGUUUUACGAAGAAACUUUUUCCUCUCAUGGUUCCGAAUCGGACUCUUCGACGCCGCUGCCGAAGGAAGGGAAGUACGUCCUCUCGCUCUCCACUUCCGAGCCUGAGGCUACUGCGCGCCUGUUCGAUGGGGUGAGGGGGGUGCGAAGGUUGAGAGCGUUUAGGGUGCAGGCGGGGACGACGUUGGAGAGGUUUGUGAGGCGGGAUGCGCUGGGGGAGGGUGGGAUUAAGGGGGGUUUAGUAGUUGUGGAAUUUGGGGAGGGUGCUGGGGAACGGGUCAGCGAGGUGGUGAAGGGAGAGGAGGACGGCGAGGUGGGGUGGUAUGUGAGGAAGAGGGAGUACGGGGAGGUACAGUGA